AUUCGCAUCCGGAGCACAUCGCAAAUGUGCAAGCAACGUCGGGGCUCGAUGGUCUGAUAGCAAUGUUGCUCUCUACAACGGGGUUCGUUGCUAAAAUACCUUCCUGCUGGUAGCAACGGCACAUAUGUCUGACAUUUGCCGACACUGAACGAUGCCAUGUUCGUUUGCGAAUGUCACUAGACUCCGUGUCCCGAAAGUCCGAAUGAGAAGGGUGCUUACAUUGCGCUAGUCGUCUUUGACUACUGAGGACGUCUUGAUGAGCGAGAAGAAAUUAGCACAUGCAUUUUGCUCUAGUAGGAGGCACUCAUGCCUGGACUCAAAAGGUUCAAAUAGGCGUCCUGUUCCUCGCUCUGUUCUCCUUUCACCUACAAUCUCAACCGCUUGUAUCGCAGUACUGAAGCUGGCCUUCCUACCCGCAUUCUCCCUACGCUCUGAAUAAGUGCUAUCAACAAGUAUUCACUGCUAUUCAUUCAUCAUGCGUACCUCUUCUCUACUCUUUGCACUCCUGGCGCUUUCCGCAGGGACACUGGCUCUUCCUUCCAACACACCAUCGCCGUCUGGCUCGCCAUCUGGUAGCCCAGCCCCUUCUCCUCGUCCUCACCAAAGUCCAGUGAGAUUCAGCACUAACAUGUUUCCACCCGAGGCACUGCAACGCCUCGGCGACGGCGUUCGCAUCGACUAUCAGCUCCCGGGCACCAGGGCCUCGUCGCCCCCCGUCCUGCCACUGCGCCUUACGCAUGGUCAGAGGAUGGCGAAUGCGGCGUAUAUAGAGGAAGAGAGGCGCGAGAGGAGGAAAAAGAAGGGCAAUUGGCUUGGCAAGCUCUUCGCAUGUGGCAAGCCAAAGAAGGGGGAUCGAUGUCGCAGCCCAUAGAGAAUCG